AUGACGGGUGACACUCGGGCCGACUAUGUGUCCAUCAAUCCGGACAGUGGUGCCCUCACGCUGUGGCACAAUCGCUGCUGGCCAAAGAGCGGCACUGUCGUGCCUUCUCCGGGAGAGGAAGACGACGACAACGACGACGAAGUAGGAUGGAAAGACCUGAAUUGCCAGAGUCCCGGAGCGACAGAUGCCAACAUGGAGGGCGUUGAGAGGUGGAAUCUACUCAAGGCAGACCAGGCAUGGGAAGAUAGUGUUGCGUACUGGAAAGAGCAGAGGAACAACGAAAGCCACAACCUUGAAUUCGCUGCCUCCGUGUCCAAUUUCCUAAACGGGGUUGAAAGCAUGGACUGCGAGGAACUCGCUGAUGACAAUGGCUGUAAGAAAAAUACGGAGUGCAACGAGCAGGCAGCGGGCCCUGCCGAGUUCUUGAUCCUCAACUCUUUCAGGGAAUUGAGUUCAAUGCUCUGGAACAUGUAUGAGUCGCUCGGGGUAGCCCAGUCGAACAUCAACAGCAACAUGGGAACAUUUGCCAAAACCUAUGCGCCCGUCAAGAAAGAGACAUUCAGCAUUUUGGUCAUCCUGGACCUGGCGACCCUUGGAUAUGCGGCCAUGGCAGCCCCGAUUUGGAAUAAAUGGAUAAAGAACAUCGACUGGGCAACAAAAAAUGCCAAUGAUUUCGACACUGUGAAGGAUUUUGUCAACGACAUGACAUAUCAGGGCGUCACCCUAGCUAAAGACAUACUGUCGAGUAGCGGUGACGAGCUGACAGCUGGUGAUGAGCUCUCAACCCGCGCUGCUGCGAUGAUCAAUGCGUUGCGGAGCUCGCUCACCAACUACGCGGCGACCAUUUUUAGUGGCGACGACACUCCUACUAAGUUACUUACGAAGAUCUUCGCAAGUGGGAAGCUGAUUUCGCCCCAAUUGAAAACAGAAAGCAGCGAAUCGAUGUCAGGCGGAUUUGAGAGGUCACUCUACGCAUUGCUAAUCCCUAUGGCGUGGAAGCUCUCGGAAAGAGAACUCAACCCUUUCGUAGAUCUCUCAGAAACCGACCUUUCUUACGGUAUUGAUGAGGAUGCCUUCAAAACCGAGGUGGUUUGUGACACCAGCACCGAUCGCAAAUAUAUCUUGCUCUCUAGCGAAGAUCCUGGAGGCUCUUGCAGUAAAACUUUCGGGUGCCCUGACUUUAAGGCUUUGCCGGGAUCGAAUGUCUUAGGUGCGAGCAUCUAUGGUAAUGUUUCAAGGGAAGAUAUUGUACUAGGUUCCCUUGCUACAUUUAAUAAGAGGUCCGGUUACAACGUGGACGGGCAACAGUCUUAUAACAACAAAACGUCUCUAGAAGAAUGGGGAGACACCAUCGAAAACCUGGCGGAUGUUGACAUUAGAGCUCCCUAUAUCUUCACGCUACCGAUAUGCACCCUGACACAGGCACGCAAGAAUCUAAAUGCUCUCUAUUCCGACGAUCCUUCAGACAGGCCGUACUACUUUCCCUGUUCCGCAACACUGAGCGAGGAGUAG